AUGUCAGACGCAUUCCUGUAUAUCUACGACUCUCCACUGAAAGGCUACGAAAACGCACAGCCGCUGGGCGAAGAGCUGAGCGAGGAUGGGAAAUCACUCAAGAACCCCGAGACUGGGGUUCUCAGCGAGGCGUACGAGAAGUUUACCGGCGGAGUCACGAAUGGCGCGCGUGGAGGAUUCGACGUCCAUAUCUACCACCAUGGCAACAAUGCAGAGCAGGCCAAGUAUGCGAGGGAGUUGAGGGAGAGGAUCAGGCGAGAGUUUCCGGAACUGAGAAUGUACAAAUUCUUCGACAAGCCAGUCGGGCCGCACACGCUGCCCAUGUUUGAGGUGAAUCUAUUCACUCCGGCACAGUUUGGUGCUUUCAUACCUUGGUUAGUGGUCAAUAGAGGCCCUCUAUCUGCCCUUGUCCAUCCAAACACAGAUGAUGGGGAUGAGUUAAGAGCCCAUAGUCAAAGAGCGACUUGGUUGGGUGAACGCAUCCCACUCGACCUAGCUAUGUUGAAGAAAUUCAUGGAGAUGAAAGACAAGGAGAAGAAUAAUGGACAGUAG